GGCAUCUGCAUCAACUGACAUUGAGUGGGGCUUGGGCACAAAGAUCGAAGGAAGUUCUUAAAAGUGUAGCAUUGAACUGCUGCAAGAAGCGACUACAAGUACACCAUCAGACAAUACUAGCAAUAGUCGUAGUUUAGCAUCCGAGUGCCUCACGACUUUCCUGGCUGUGCGCAGGACCAUGAUGCCCUCUAUGGUUUUUUCCGGGGGGCCUAAGAAGGGUGUUCGCCAAGGGAACGAAAAAGAAAACUGGGCUAGUGCUUUUCUGCCAGCCGCGUUGCGUGGAGUCUUUCAUGCACCAAGGGAACACCAGGGGCAGGACGCAUCCGCGCGGAGGCCCCUGGCAGAACGGGCGACGUCUUUCUCGAAGCGUUGCAGCCAGGGCCAACAGGGAAUCAACAACGACACCAGGGGCGCGCACCAAGUUGUGGACGCUGUGGAUGUGGUAGAUCCCAGUGCAAACCAAGCGGGUAUCGGGCAGAACCCAUAUCAAGCAGCAGGGAAAGUGCAAGAGCGCACUUUGUUGGGCACGCGCGUUUUGGUAGCUUUGCCACCGCCGGCUGCAACGCCGAGAGCGGGCUUUCAGAGUCCUUUCCUGCCACCGAGAAUUGCGGGGCUCGCGCCGCCUCCUAGUACAGGGGGGCGUCCGCCGGGAGGUGCCGAGGUCGGGAUAGCAGCUGUUGCUGUGGAGCCACACGCACUAUCAUUACAGCCAGGUGCGCAAAUAAGGAAUGCAAGGGGAACCAGUUGCACCUCUACGAACAGAUCGGAACAGCUCUGUGGAGGAGCGUCGCGACGAGAGAACUUGCAGUAUCCACGGAGCAAAUGUCAUUUACCUUGGUGCAUGUUGUAGCACUGUACAUCCUGACUUUGCGGUCGAGGUCGUUCUUGCAUGAACAUGACCAAACACCUUGUUCUUCACUCUUUCAAUAUUCUGCAGUUUCGGACUUUUUGUGUACUGGUAGUCGUCAAAUUGCUAUUGCUAUUGCGGUGAGGAUCUACCUUGAAUUUUCCUUCUUGUUGUGCAUGUGUCCUCCGGUAAACAAUUUGCGUGGCAUAUCACGCGGGAAAUCAGCAUAA